GAAGCCGGGCUGGGUCUCCGCCCUGUGAUUGGCCGGGCGCUAGGGCUCGCCGCUCUGGUUGCUGACGUCACGCCACGUCGGAGUUUCUCCAGCACAGAGAGUCAGGACAGGGGAGCCGGGGCCUUCGGAGCAGCUGGAGGCCGGACAGCUGCUGACGGGGACUUGCAGUCGUGUAACCAUGGUCCCAGAUGAAACUCCCUUGUUUGACGCUCGUUUGCUGGAAGAGAUCGACUGGAGCCAGAAUACAGUGUCGUUCAGUCCUGUCAUAUCGCCUGUGCUUCCCGGGGAGGGGCUCAUCCUGAGGCCCCUAUGUACGGCUGACUUAAAUAGAGGCUUUUACAAGGUACUUGGACAACUGACAAAUGUGGGAGAUGUGACUGCUGAGGAUUUUAUCAAAAAAUUUGAGCACAUGAAGAAAACUGGAAAUUACUUUGUGAUUGUGGUGGAAGACCUGAAUCUGGGGCAGAUCGUAGCUACGGCCACUUUAAUCGUGGAACACAAAUUUAUCCACGGGUGCUCAAAGAGGGGUCGGAUAGAAGAGGUGGUCGUGAGUGACGAGUGCAGAGGGAAACAGCUUGGAAAACUGUUACUGUCUGUCCUCACACUGUUAAGCAAAAAGCUUGAUUGUUACAAAGUAACACUGGAAUGCAAGCCCAAAAAUGUUGCCUUCUACGAGAAGUUUGGUUACGCGGCCUCGGAUGAAACCUACAUGCAGUGUCGUUUCUUUGACUAAACUUUUGCGGAAACAUUUACCAAAGUGAGAAAUAGAAGCUUUUCAUAUACAGUAAAUCUUCAUAUGCGCCUGUUUCUAUGGCUGUAAUUGAUUUGUAAAUAGUACCAACACUUUUACACUAUAAAUGAUUAAAAAAAUAUUUGUUACAUUUCUAUUGCUAGAUGCCUUGUUACAGUAAGUAAAGUUAUUAUCUGAAUGUAAAAUGUGGAGGACAUAUUACAAAAGUGAAGAGAAAAUGUGAAACAAUAUUUUGCCACACUUUAGAAUUCCUCUCAUGAAACAUAGAAGUACUUAAAUAUAGUGUUCAAUCUAGCACCCUGCACCUUUCAAAACAUGUGCAGUUCCUCUUUCCUACUUGGGGUGUCACUGUCUGCUCUGGUGCUUUUCAGCACACACAGGUCUGUAUCGCAGCACUGAGUAACAGAUCAGAGUGUUCUGAGAAACAUCACACCAGAGAGUGACACCCCAGGCAGGAAGGAGGAACUGCACAUAUUUUGAAAGGUGCAGGGUGCUAGAAUGAACACUAUAAAUAUGUAUUCGUUUUGUCACGCCCCAUUGUCAAAACCUGACAGGAAAAGGUUUAUUUAAUAUGAGAAAUGGCACCUUGGAGAGAGAAUAUAUAUAAUUAUUUUUAUUAAUUUUUGUUUAAUAUACACAAAAUGACACAACACAAACCACCUCCUACAAUUUCUAAUCCGGUUAUUACAAAGUAUUUGUCACUUUAACUUCAGCAACAUGUACAAAGUUAUACGAGUAUAAAAGAUUACAUUUGUCAAUUAACGUCCUCUAAAAUUAUAUCCUAUCAAAUGCUAACAAGGUUCUAGAAUUAUCUUCUUGGAAUUGUUCUACCAAAUAAUAUUUUGUUGACUGAAAAUCCUGUAACCAGUGGAAUUUGUAAACUUUUGUGAAAAGAUUUUACAGGUAACUUGUUUUUAAGUUUGCGAUGUUUGAGGGUUUUUUUUAAUCUUUAGGUUUGCAAUGUAGUUUUACAGAAGAUUUGUACUUAAAUGAAAAGUCUAUGUGAAAUUAUUAUUACUGGAAAAAGAUUAAAAGCGGUUUCAGAUUUCCGGGUGUAAUAAUUUGUAAGUAUGACAAAAUAAUAUUUGCAACUUUUGUGUGGUAGGGAGACCUAUAGCUUAGCAUUAUUAUUUUUUUUCAAUAUAGUCAGAGUUUAACGGGAAACAUUAUUUUAUAAAUCUAUUUAAGACAGAAUACCUCUUGUAAUUUUAGAACUGUAUUUAUUAAGUGUCUAGAGCAGGCCUGUCCAAACUGCGGCCCUCCAACUGUUGAGAAACUACACAUCCCAGCAUGCCCUGACACAGCUUUGGCAUUCCCUGACCACAAAACUGUGUCAAGGCAUGCUGGUAUAUGUAGUUUCACAACAGCUGGAGUCCAGCAGUUUGGACAUGCCUGGUCUAGAGACACCAAAAAAAAAAGACUUUUUUUUUUUUUAUAGUCUGUAUAAACAUGUAUGGUUCUACAAAACAGUCACAGUCAAACAAAUGCUAAGACGAGGAGGUAAAGAUGCAAAAAAAAAAAAAAUAAUUUAUAUCAGGAUUUUAUUUUCUUCAAAUUUCUGAAUCUUACAAUUGCAUUACUAUUUUUGUUUAGAAUAUUCAUUUUUUUUUUUUUUAUCCCGUUUGGUGGAUUGUUAAUUUAUUGAAAUGUAUUUAAUGCAUAAUAAAAUAAAAAAUUGGAGUUUUUAAAUAAAAA